GAAUUUGCACGUGGUACCUGUGCAACAACACACACUCACACACACAUAGCAUAUCCAAACACCAAGAGAGGCCAAGACCCACUCUUCGCCUUCGCUCUUCUUCUCUUCAGCCCAAGACUCAAAAUUUAAUAAGAUUUUGGUUGUUUUUUGGCUGAGUUUGAGCUGAAAAUGGAAGCUUUCUGUACCAUUCGCCCUGCCUACUUCGCGGAUCCACUGAAAGUAGAUUUCAGCACCACCAGGACUAGAAUUACUUUCCCCCAGAAACUCUUUUUCUGUCGAGCAAAGUUUGCUGACUCAGGGAUAGAUGGCUCAUUUAGCUUAAAACUGGUAUCUCCAGUCCUUUUAGCAGCUGAAAAAGAAGAAGCUAGAGCUGUCCUAACCUUGUUCUUGAAGAAACAAGGCCUCAGCCAUACAGUUGCUGCAAGAACCAUAAACAAGUCAGACCUUUUUGUUGAGCACCUGAUCUCUAGGCUUCAUUCUGUUCAUAAAUCCCGGUAUCUAGUAGGGCGGGAGCUAACAACUCUUGAGAUUAGGGAGGCUCUAACCCCUUACCUUGAAUCCCUUCUUGAUGAGCAUGGAGUUUUUCUGGUAGAUUUGGUGGAAAGCUUUCCAAAUGCACCUGUAAAAGAAAAGCCAGUUGCACCAGUUACUAAAUCUCAAUCGUCUGUGGAUUUAAAGAAGCUAAAGGCCAUAUCUCGAGUAAGUGAGAUUGGCCCAGCUGGGAAGCUCCCACCUCACAUUCUCUAUCUUUUAGAGCUUGGCAUGGAUCUUGAUCAAAUCAAGGGAAUUGCGCGCAGAUUUCCAUCUUUUGCCUAUUAUAGUUUAGAGGGGAAGAUAAAGCCAAUUGUUGAGUUUCUUCUCGAACUUGGGGUGCCAAAAUCUGAUAUUCCUACAAUCCUUAAUAAGAGGCCUCAGCUUUGUGGAAUCAGUCUAUCUGAAAAUAUCAUACCUACCAUGAGUUUCUUAGAAGAUCUGGGUGUGGACAAGAAACAAUGGGCAAAAGUGAUAUACCGGUUUCCAGCGCUUCUCACUUAUAGUAGGCAGAAGGUGAAGACGACCAUAGAUUUUCUAUAUGAAAUGGGCCUUUCAGCCGAGCUCAUAGGUAAGGUUUUGACACGCUGCCCGAACAUUAUAAGUUACAGUGUAGAGGACAAGUUACGGCCAACAGCUGAGUACUUUCUCUCAUUGGGGGUGGAUGUUGCUGUUCUGCUCCAUCGUUCUCCCACGCUUUUUGGUCUCAGUAUUGAAGCCAACUUGAAGCCUGUAACAGAAUUUUUCUAUGAGAGGGGAUACAGUAUGGAGGAAGUUGGGAUCAUGCUUUCAAGAUAUGGAGCAUUAUAUACUUUCAGCUUGGCAGAGAAUUUGAUACCAAAAUGGGAGUUCUUUUUGACCAUGGAUUAUUCAAAAUCAGAGCUGGUUAAAUUCCCUCAAUAUUUUGGCUAUAGUUUGGAAGAAAGGAUUAAACCAAGGUAUGCACUAAUGACGGAAUGUGGGGUGAGGCUGCUGUUGAACCAGUUAUUAUCACUAUCAGCUGGUAACUUUGAUAAGGCUCUCAACAAGAAAAUAAAGAAAUUGUCUGCUGGAAAAGAUCCAAAUAUCAGCAGCGAUGAUCUUACAUCGGAGGUUGAACAAUGAAAGUUCUGAGCAAAUAUUGUAACAAUACAGGAUGCACUGAUGCAGUACAGGUGCCACAUUGAAGCUAAAAAUGGAUGUGCUUUCACUGGGGAAUAGAGUCAAUGUAUCGUUUCGAAAGUUGGAUAAUGUAUGUGAUUCUUCUCAGCUGCGCGUGCAGACAGGAGGUAUUCGAUUGUUGUCAAAUUUUCUUCAAGCUUCAGGAGGGAGUUGUAUCUAUUGGUACUUGGUGAGUGACAUCCUCCAAAUGAAUGAAGAAUCAUCUGCCAUCCUAACUCUUUUGCCUGGUUGACCUCUUUUAUGACUCUUUGUAUUUGCCAGGUUUUGCUAUUCUAAACUCCUGGGUUUGGAAAGCUGGUAGAAACUUGAUCUGUACUGUUACAUUUUUUUGUACAU